GCGGCCGCAGCAGCAGCAACAAAUUAUCGAGCUGCUAGACGAUGACGAGGGGAGUGUGGGGCCGCCGCCACUGAUGUUGAUUAGCACAGCCCGUAGCUUGAAGCCUGAGAAACGCCCGAUGACGGAUAAGCAACGGCUGGUAAAGAAACUGAAGCAACGCCAUCAUCGCAUCGUGGCCAGGAUUGAGCUGAGCGACAGCGAAAGCGAAAAUGGAGAUGCGGAGCAGACGGCUAAGGAGACAAAUGCUGAAGAUUUGCCUGUCGCGAAUGUCAGCUGUGAGCUGGAGGAGCCAGCACUCCAGGUCAUUGAACUGCCAUCGGAUGACGAAGAGAAACAACCCAUGAAGUCAGCUACCCGCAAGCGCUCGCCGAGACCGUACAUAAAGCGACGCGGUCGCCACUUCUACCAGUGCCAGGCGUGCGGCAAGAAGGUGCAGUCCAAUUAUAAUCUGCGCCGUCACAUGAUGAUACACACAGGUGAGCGACCCUUUCCAUGUGAUCUAUGCGAACGUCGCUUUCGGGAGUUUAGCGAUUUGAAGAAGCAUCGCCGACGACAUAUAAAUGAUCCGCGCUAUAUAUGCAUGAUCUGUCGCAUUCAUACGCCCAUGGAGCAGGACUCUACGCGCUGUGCGGAGUGCGAGGGUAAGAAUUUGUUGUUGGCUCCGCAGGACUGUGAUGCUUUGGAUGCUGAAAAAGAGCCAAUUGAUGAGACUGAGCCAGCGUUGGAGGAGCAAGACGAACAGGAGGAGCAAGAGGAGGAACAGGACACGGAUCAAGAGUUCCUGCCGGAAGACAAUCAUGUCGAAAACGAAGUUGUGUCGCUGCCAAUUCCAACUCUGCCUCCGACAUUGCUUGUCACGCUGGUGCCCGCACCACCACCACUCACGCCAGCCCCACCUGCCCCGCCCGCAAUCACUGUCACUGCCCUAACGCGUCCGCCCCUGCCACGCAGCUGCAGCAGCGCCAACUCCUCAUCCUCGCUGAGCAACGAUGUGGCACCAAAGCGUUUGCAGAGAGUGACGCGCAAUCGACGCACUUACCCCUGCCCGCUGUGCCACCGACCAUUUGGCACACGCCACAACCUGAAGCGCCACUACAUGAUCCACACCGGCGAGAAGCCGUUCAGCUGCAGCAAGUGCCGCAAGCCCUUCCGCGAGUGCUCCACUCUCAAGAAGCAUAUGGUGACCCAUAUGCGCGAUCGCUGGUACAAAUGCCUUCGAUGUCCCGCCAAGUAUCAGGACUAUCUGCACUACAUGGAGCACAAGGCAACGCAUGGGCUGGACGCGCAGUCGGAGACGGGCUUACGUGGUCGUAGCGGACAGAGAUCACCGGAUAGCGGCGAUGGCGAUAGCUCUUUGGAUGAUUGGCUGGAGUGCUGCGAGUGUCAAGUGCGCUUCACCCAGCUGGAUGCCUAUACGGAGCAUAUGAAGCAACACGACCUGGAGCUGUAUGGCUUGAGUGUCGAUGAUCUGGAUGAAGAGGACCAGGAUGUCGAUGUGGCCUAAUAUAAAUCAAUGAUCUAUAUACAGAUAUACACAUUCCAUUUGUUAAAUCUUUU